AUGGUAAAAAAACAUGCGGGUGGGGAGAAUAUCCGUGUCGUUAUUCGCGUGCGUGAUCUUUUACCUUACGAAUCAGAGAGAGGUGACAAGGCCAUUGUCCGCUUAGAUUUGGCGACAAGUCAGGUUAUCGUGCAGCACCUUAUUGGUGACCCGGAUGUCUUCGCUUUCGAUUCCGUGUACAACAAUUCCUUCACACAGCGCGACUUGUUCUUGCAGGAAGUGCAGCCCCUGGUGGAUGCAGUGCUCCAAGGUUACAACGCAACGGUCUUUGCAUACGGACAGUCAGGAUCUGGCAAGACUUUCACAAUGACUGGUAACAUAGAAAAAAAAGAAUUGUGGGGUAUCAUGCCUCAGGUUGUAGAAUAUAUAUUCACAGAGACCAAAAAGAUGACGUCGUCCACGAAGACCUUCAAGGUGAGGGUGUCGUAUGUGGAGAUUUACAACGGCAAAACGCACGACCUCUUAUCUUCGAAACAUACGGACUUGGAGAUUAAACAAACUAUGGCUAAGAAUUUCUACGUGAAGGGAGCCGAAAUGCCGGAAAUAGGGAAUCAGGCGGAAGCUCUGCGUUGGUUUAAUAAGGGGACAGAGCGGCGUCGAACCGCUUCAACCGACCUUAAUGACACUAGUAGCCGUUCACACUCUCUUUUCACUGUUCAGAUUGAGCAGUUUAAUUUUGAGAAUGAUCCCAGCUCACCCAUCGUGAUGACAAGCAAAAUUAAUUUAGUUGACCUGGCGGGAUCAGAGAAGUUGAGUAAGACGAACGCCACCGGCGACACUGUUAAGGAAGGAUGCAACAUUAAUCUUUCCUUGUCUGCGCUGGCAACGGUUAUCGACACCAUCGUUAAGGGUGGGAAACACAUCCCGUACCGUGGUUCACCGCUCACAAUGCUACUGAAAGAUUCCCUUGGCGGAAGCUCUAAGACAGUCAUGUUUGCCAACACGGGUCCAUCUGACAAGAACACGUCGGAAACCAUCUCCACCCUGCGGUUUGCUACGCGGGCGAAGCAGAUUGAGAACAAACCUAUCAAGAAUUUAGACCCCAAGGAUGCGCGUAUCCAGGAUCUACUCGACCAGAUCGAGGAGCUCAAGAGCCGUUUGGGUAAUGUUGACCUUAGCAUUGAGGACAACCUGCGACAACGCAUUGAAGAACUUGAGAUUGAAAACUCAGAUCUGCGUGCUGGUGGUGAAAAGAGUGCGCUGGAGAUCCAGGAGCAAUGUCGUUCGUUGCAACUUCGGAUUGACGAGAAGGAAAAGGAACUGGUCGAGCGUCAGCGUGAGCUGCGUCGCGUGAUAGAAGAACGUGGGAUGACUGAGGCCAAUUUGGCCAACGAGACGAAUCACAUAAAUGAGCUACGUAGGCUGAACGCAAAUUUCAUCAAACGAAUCUGCUCUGAUGACGAAUUGAACCAGAUAAGGGCCCAAAUGCCGAAGGACGGCUCAUACAAUACGACAGACGACAAUUGGGAUGUAAAAGAGAUCGCUUUCUAUCUGCAGGGCUUUGCCGAACAGUAUGAACAUUGGCGCAAGGUGACCUACACAAAGGAUGAUAUGGAGAAGUACGCAGCGCGGGCAAUGGCGGAAAUGCAGGAGCAUCUUCAGCUUCAGAUCAACGAUGCGAUACGCUCGAGGGACGAUCUCUUGCGACAGCGUGAUGAGGAAGCGGCUCGACAUACGGCUGAUAGUGUUACAAUGUCACAGCUGAAGGUUGAGUUGAAUUCCUUACGUGAUGAGAAUACAAAACUUCGCGAAAAAAUCGAGCGAGACCAAGAAAAGAUCAAAGCCAAGCUUACAAGAAACAAGGAGGAGUACAAAAACCUUCAGGACCAGCUUGAGACGACGAAAACCACCGUAACGGAGAGGGAGAGGGAUAUCGAACGUCUAAAGCGUAUGCUUGGUGACGCAGGCGUGGCACCAAAUCUUAACUGCAGUAGCUCGUUCCUUAACACUGCCAACUGGGGUAACAUAGAUGAGCGGUCCGCCGUCCUCCGGCAGCUGGAGGAAACACGGGAGUCAAAGGAAGCGCUGGAGAGGAAGAUCAAAGAGACCAAUGUUUCUCUUCGCCGUUUCGGUGUUUGUAUCACAGAUUCUUCCGCCGAGGAUGAUGCGGCUAACGUGGCUAAUAAGUGUGAUGCCUUCAUGUUGGCUGCAAUCGAUGAGGAGCCCAUUAACGAAGACGUGUUCGCGGAACUGCAGCAGCAACUUCGGUCGAAGCACCGCCUCCUCGAGCUAGCGCAUCAACUGCAAGCUCAGCUCGGCGGCAUGAUUAGAAAGUUCGAGCUACUUACAACUGGGAAAGUGACCUCGGAUCUGCCGGAUAUGAAUGGCCCCGUGAACAAUAUCGGGGGUAUGGUCGGUGCGAUUGAUGAGGCUACGAUUCAACAGCUUACGGAUCUCCUCCAGAGCAAAGAGGAUGCCAUUGAGAGUCUACGUGAGGAAAAGGAUCAGGUGUGCGACAGGCUUGUGCGCAAGCUCAACAAGAGUGAGCAGAAGAUUCAUGAUCUGGAGUCCGCGAUCGAGGAAGAGCGCAGCCAAAUAAACGAGGAACGUGCUGAAAUGCACAAAGAAACAGAAGAGCACCAGAAGCACAUCCAGCAACUGUCUUUGGAGUUGGAGACGGCAAGGGAGCAGCUCAAAGACUCCAAGCAGCAACUUGAGAGUAUGCAACGCGCGAAUGAAAAUAAGAUCGACUACAUGAAGGGACAGAUUCAAGACUUGCAACGUCGUCUUGAUGAGACUCGGAACAAGUCGGCAGAAUUCGAGGAGAUGGAGAAGAGCUAUGAGCGAUUACAAAGGCAGAUCACUCGUACGGAGCAGGCUCUUCAUGAGAAAACGGAGCAUCUGGAGAACAAUCGUCAGGUGGUCAAGUGGUCUAACUCGCUCCUAGAGCGUGAGAAGCGAAAGAACGAGGAGUUGGAGGUGACUAUCCGGGAACUAGAGCUAGAAAUGCGGAAAUUGGAUGAGACAUGGCGUGCAGAGCUAAACGAGCAGAUCAACAAGCAGAUCAUUGCAAAUAAUCGUCGCUUUGAGGCACAGGCGGAGCAAUUCCAGGAGAUUAUUGCCGGUGAACAUGAGAAGCAACGAGCAUUACAAAAGAAAAUAAAAAGUGCGAAAUCCUCUGCAAGCAAGGCUGCACAACGAUAUGAUGAGCUGAUUCUUGAGAACGAGUCUAUUAUUUCUCAACUCGAAGAACUCAAGGUAACCUCACUGAAGAUGUUUUUAGAGAAACAGGAGGCGCAGCGAGACUUGGAUGCACUUCGACCUACGAGUAGUCUACGUGCUCGCGUUUUCUGA